AUGGCCUUACAACCAUUUACGAAUGAACAACUGAAUUAUUUCAAGUUUGCUUUCCUCGUGUUAAAUGAAUUUCCCAAAGCAUUACGGCAAACCUUUAAACAGAUGUGGAACAACACCUUUGCGUCACUUCCUGGUUUUCAACCCUGGGAUGACUCUAAUGCUGUACGUAACUUGUUCUUAAGUACUGAAGGUGGAGCAUCCAAAGUCCCCACACAUCUUUCCUAUGAUGAAUGGGAUUGCACAGUCUUGUUCCAGGCCACCAUCUACGCGCACUCCUUUGCUUUGCCAGAUAGCAAAGGCCAUGACAGGAUACUCCAUGAUUUGUAUUUGAGGUCCUGUAAAUUACCACGUGGUACUUUCCAUUCCUCUGUGGUUAGCUCGACUGGAGAUGACGCAGAAACCUUUGCACUGGCGGUCGAUCAGCUUCGUUUGUUGAGAAAUUCGCUCUUUCAUUUAAAUAAAUCCGAAUUGGACAAAAUAAAAUACGAUCGAUACGUUCAACUCGCUAAAGAUUCGAUUAAAGCCCUUGGAGUUAAUACUGACCCUAUUGAUGCUGUUGGAGGUUUGACUGAGUCUGACUUUCCCACCGAGAAAGUUCGCAAGUUAGAAGAUGACGUCAAAAAAGAACUUCAAAAAAAAAACGAAUUCCUCGAAGAAGAAGUUAUUGAUGACUUACAGCUCUUACAGAAAUCUCAAAAGGAAGGUACUGAAGAGCUAAAGAACGCAAUCGAAUCUGCAAAUGCCACUACCCAAGGCACGAUUGAAACUAAGUUUGCCGAGUUCCAAACUGAAAGCAGACUUGUCAGAGAAGGUGUUAAAGAUGAGCUUCAUCUUCUACAGGAAUCACACAAAGACGAUACCGAGAGCCUGAAAGAGGCAAUCGCUGCUAGUGAAGAAAGGAUGGUUAAGAAGAUUAACGAGUUUAGCCAAGAGAUGAAAGACCUUCUGAGGGAGCCCCAAAGUCUAGGAUUUAAACUACGUUUUUCACGAUUGAAUCUUCCUGCUCACUUUACUGGCCGUGAAAAAGAAUGUGAAGAGAUUAUUGGCCACUUGACCUCUGAUUCGACGCAAAUCGUAUCAGUUUGGGGGUCACCAGGGUUUGGAAAGACGUCUACUGCAAUCGCUAUUGGUCACCAGCUUCAAAAGGUCGGUCUACCUGUCUGUUCUAUCUCACUACGUGGGCUUAAUUCAAAAGGUGAUUUAACGUCAAAGUUACUCAGCCACUUUCGAACUGCUGAAUCGAAAAAUCAGAGUUUGACAGCUGCCGAUGAAAUUGGUUUCAUCUUUGAAAGACUAUCGGAUCCAUGUUUGUUGAUUCUUGAUAAUGCAGAUGACUUGUUUGAAUGUGGCGAGCCAGAUGUGAAAGAGAAGACUGUUAAUUUAAUAAAAGACCUUCUCAAUCGCAGUGAAAAGGUCAAAUUUCUAUUAACCACACGGGAGCCAAUGGCCUAUUUGGAUAUGUCUCUACAGGGACACAAGUCCACCAGAAUAGGAGAACUCGACAAGUUGUCCUCAAGUGCUUUAGUGAAAAAGUUACUUCCACAUGCGAGCUCCUCUGACGCAAUAAAAAUCGUGCAGAUGUGCGGGCAGGUUCCCCUAGCCAUAUGGUUGCUAUGUAAGUUGCUCUCUGACGAUUCUGCUCAAUGUAGUGCAGCGCUUGAUGAAUUAAUGCUGUCUAAAAGUAGCCUACUUGAGUCGCUGGACAACCCAGAAUAUACCAGUGAUGCAAGGCUUAAAACCCUGUUUGAAUCGUCUUUCCUGAGACUGUCUUCGCAGGACCAAGAAGCACUAGUGUCUUUGAGUGUUCUUCCAGAAACAUUUGACCUUGAGAUUGCUACAGCCGUUUUAGGACUAGAGAGAUCCACCGAAACUAAGGAAGUUUUGAGAAGACUGCAAGGGAGGGCUCUCAUAUAUAGAUGUUCAAAUUCGGACAAAUUUUCCAUUCACAAACUCUUACAAUCCUUUGCGAAAGACAAGGGUGAACGUGAGAUGGGAGAAACAAUUUUGAUUGCGAACACUCGCUUUUUAUUAUUCUACAUUGACUUGGCUGAGAAACUCAAUGAGAUGUUCCUCACAGGACACUCCAUGAAAGCAUUGAUCGAGUUCUUCGACAAUGAAAAAAGCAUCGUAAAAAGUUUUAUGGAUGGUUGUUCAAACUACAGGGCAGCGGACAGAGUUUUUCAAGUUUUGGCUAAAGCAGAGUUUUUUCUUGAUACUGCUUAUAGCAACGACGAACCUAAUUUUGACAAGAUUUAUCAAACAGAAAUAGAGGCAGCUAGUCAGCUUGGACGAAGUGUUCUCCACAGACAACUAAUCCAAUCCAAAGCGUUCGGCUACAUGACUUGGGGAGAAGGUGGGCAAACAAUGCUGUUGCUUUCGGAGGCCAAUAGACUUCAAAGUUUAACCACUACCACUUGUCCCGAAGAGAGAGGUAAACACUUGUGCUACUCUGGCAUCUAUCAGCUUGUGGUAGGAAAGACGCAAGAUGGAGUUGGAAGUUUAAAAGAAGCUAUCUUCCUUCUAAUUAAAACUGCUGAGCACAAAGUUCUGAGACUUAUGAUUCUUCAAAUCCUUGCUAUUUUCUAUCGAUGUACAAAAGGCGGUAACGAGAUGUCAGCCAUGUUCUAUGACAGAGCAGUGCAAGAAUGUAGAGAUGCGGAAGACAUGAAUUUGUUGCAUGCUCUUACCAUCAUCUUAGAACUCUUCGGUGAAGAACAUGUGAGGACUGCCGAUGUAUACUCGAAAUUAGGGUUUACAAAAUACGAACUAGGAGAUUAUAACUCAGCCGCUGAGUCGCACAAGGAAGCACUUAAGAUCAGACAAAAGGAAUUGGGUGAAGAUCAUGGGAAGACCGCUGACAGCUACCGUGACCUGGGGGUUACCCAAUAUAUGCUUAGAGAUUACAUCUCAGCCGCUGAGUCACACAAUCGAGCCCUAAACAUCAGAAAAAAGACCGCUGAAAGCUACCAUCACCUAGGGGUUGCUCAAAUUGAACUUGGAGAUUACACCUUAGCCACUGAGUCACUCAAGCGAGCACUAAACAUCAAAGAAAAGGUAUUGGGCGAAGAUCGUGAGGAAACCGCUGACAGGUACUUUAUUUUAGGGAUUACCCAAUAUAUGCUUAGUGAUUACACCUCAGCCGCUGAGUCGCACAAGCAAGCACUAAACAUCAGACAAAAGGUAUUGGGCGAAUAUCACGAGAAGACCGCUGACAGCUACCAUCACCUGGGGUUUACUCAAAUUGAACUUGGAGAUUACACCUCAGCCACUGAGUCACUCAAGCGAACACUAAACAUCAAACAAAAGGUAUUAGGCGAAGAUCAUGAGGAAACCGCUGGCAGCUACCAUGACCUGGGGCUUAUUCAAGUUGAACUUGGAGAUUACACCUCAGCCGCUGAGUCGCACAAGCAAGCACUAAACAUCAGAAAAAAGGUAUUGGGUGAAGAUCAUGAGGAGACCGCUGACAGCUACAAUCACUUUGGGUUUACUCAAAUUGAACUUGGAGAUUACACCUCAGCCGCUGAGUCGCACAAGCGAGCACUAAACAUCAGAAAAAAGGUAUUGGGUGAAGAUCAUGAGAAGACCGCUGACAGCUACAAUCACUUUGGGUUUACUCACAUUAAACUUGGAGAUUACACCUCAGCCGCUGAGUCGUACAAGCAAGCACUUAAGAUCAGACAAAAGGUAUUGGGUGAAGAUCAUGGGAAGACCGCUGACAGCUGCCUUUUUUUAGGGGUUAUCCAAAAUAAGAUAGGAGAUUACACCUCAGCCGCUGAGUCACUCAAACGAGCAUUAAACAUCAGACAAAAGGUAUUGGGCGAAUAUCAUGAGAAGACCGCUGACAGCUACCAUCACCUGGGGGUUACUCAAAUUGAACUUGGAGAUUACACCUCAGCCACUGAGUCACUCAAGCGAGCACUAAACAUCAAAGAAAAGGUGUUGGGCGAAGAUCAUGAGGAAACCGCUGACAGGUACCUUAUCUUAGGGGUUACCCAAUAUAUGCUUAGAGAUUACACCUCAGCCGCUGAGUCGCACAAGCAAGCACUAAACAUCAGACAAAAGACCGCUGACAGCUACCAUCACCUGGGGUUUACUCAAAUUGAACUUGGAGAUUGCACCUCAGCCACUGAGUCGCACAAGCAAGCACUUAAGAUCAGACAAAAGGUAUUGGGUGAAGAUCAUGGGAAGACCGCCGAGAGCUACCGUGACUUGGGGGUUACCCAAUAUAUGCUUAGAGAUUACACCUCAGCCGCUGAGUCGCACAAGCAAGCACUUAAGAUCAGACAAAAGGUAUUGGGUGAAGAUCAUGGGAAGACCGCCGAGAGCUACCGUGACUUGGGGGUUACCCAAUAUAUGCUUAGAGAUUACACCUCAGCCGCUGAGUCGCACAAGCAAGCACUUAACAUCAGUCAAAAGGUACUGGGCGAAGAUCAUGAGAAGACCGCUGACAGCUACCAUCACCUGGGGGUUACUCAAAUUGAACUUGGAGAUUACACCUCAGCCACUGAGUCACUCAAGCGAGCGCUAAACAUCAAACAAAAGAUAUUGGGCGAAUAUCAUGAGGAAACCGCUGACAUGUACCUUAUUUUAGGGGUUACCCAAUAUAAGCAUAGAGAUUACACCUCAGCCGCUGAGUCGCACAAGCAAGCACUAAACAUCAGACAAAAGGUAUUGGGCGAAGAGCAUGAGAAGACCGCUGACAUCUUCUUUAACCUAGGGGCUACCCAAAUUGAACUUGGAGAUCACACCUCAGCCACUGAGUCACUCAAGCGGGCACUAAACAUCAAACAAAAGUACUAA